AUGACUGCUGUGGCUCCUUUGGAGAUUCGGAUUUUCUCCGAUCUAGUGAACAAGGCGAGAGUUAUUGAAGAAUAUAAAAAGAUAGUAGCUUCGUCAAAGGACACUCAUAGAGGAAACACUAGUACGGGACAUGGCAAGUACUUUCAGCCGAGGGGGCAGAAUUUCAAGAGAGGAGGACAUGCACCUCAAAGUCAAGGAGGCUUCAGAAAGAACACUUAUAAUCAGUUUCAGUAUGUAAAAGGAAGAGGGAAUCAGAAUAAGAUUUCUCCAGAUUUGACUUAUGUGCGUUGUGGGCGUUUUCAUCCAUAUGAAUCUUGCAAGAUUGGUAUAGGUGGUUGCUUCAACUGUGGUUUGCCUAAUCAUAUUGAGAGAGAUUGUACUCGUGGGAAGAACCCGAAUGCGGGUCAGAGUCAAUACCAAGGGCGAGUAUUUGCUGUGAACGCUAUGGAUGCUGCUAAAGCAGAUCCUCUGAUGAGAGGUAACUGUUUAACUGGUGAUAAAAUCUUGGUUGCCUUAUAUGAUACUGGAGCUUCGCAUUCAUUUAUUUCGUUUGCUAAGGUUGAGGAACUAGGCUUGAAAGUGUCAUAA